GGAACCCUCAGUUAUUAUUUUUCAUACUAAACCUGAGCAAAAUACCAUUUUUUUAUUAAUAUUUUUUAUUAUGAAUUAAGAUUAAAGCUCUUCCAGAAGAAGGAAGACGUAUGAUAAAUUAAGUGAUGAUGAGCGCUGCAUCACCAUGGAUUUAAAGUCAUAAGGCGUGAGUUGCUAAGAGAUCGCCAGAAGAUUAAAUAAAAAUUUAAAGACCAUCCAAUCUGUCCAUGGCUACGAGAGAAAAUCAGAGUACAAGGGCCUUAAAGAGGCUGUCACACGAUAUGGAAUUGACCAAUUACUUUAGAACACUUCAAUCUAGUCUAUGAAUGAGAAAAAAUUAAGAAAGUUAAUCAUUUCAAUUGUUAAGGAGGUUAUUCCUCCUUAAAAUAACUCUAUGUUUGCCCACUUGAUCCCUACCCAAAAGAUAGACUCUAACAAAAGAAGGAUCAUAGACUAAAUAGUCAAUAAUAUCUUAGAUAUUAUUCAAAAUUAUUUAAAAACAGGAGAACUUAUGAAUGUAUCUGACACUAGAAGUGACUCAAAAAGUGACUCACUUUGUUUUGAAUCCUCAGACCACUCUUAUUCCACCAACAACAUCAUCCAAGACAAUUCAGAUGCCUUCCAUAGUCACAACACUAGUGAUAAUUGUAAUCAAGAGGUCUUCUCUUAUUAAUACAAUUACGAAGGUGAGGCUGAAAUGAAUGUUGAAUUUGAAAUCUCAUCGAUAAUUUUUUCGAACCACGACAUGUUUGAAAAAUCUAUCGAAGAGCUUUCAGCUUCUUAUUUCAGCUUUUGA